ACUAUCUCCACGACAAUGGCCAGCACCGAAGACGAGCAUUCUGCCGUCAAUCAAAUAAAUGAGAUUUUAACUUCAUUAUCGGAUUAUUACAGCGAAGCGGAUAAUGGCCAGCAGGUGGGGAACAUUUUCGACGACAAGAAGAUCUUUCCGGAGUUCCGCAGCGGACCCUUGGACGUCUACAGACAGAAGGCCAGCUUCUGCUACAAGCGGAUGAACGUGCUCCUGGAGGGCGAAGAGCACAUUCGACUGAAGCACAAGGUAUGGCAAUGGAUGGAGCAGCACCCGGACUAUCAAAGGGAGCCGGAGGUGGCCACACUGGAGCGUACUCGGGAGUUGGCCAAUAAGCGGCAGCAUUUGCUCUGGGAGCAGCAUUUCUUUGGUGUGAAUGAGUAUUUGGGAACACCUCAUCUUCUGUUGGCCUUUGGUCAGGCCAUCUUCAGCUAUGACUUCAGCAGCUCCGUGAAGUUUGGGCUCUCCAAUGGCAUGUUCCCCAGCACCCUGGUGUCCAAUGGGUCGGGACGUUUGGGCAAAUACAUUGCUAAGAUCUCCGAUAAUCGGAUUUUGGGCGCAUAUGCCCUCACAGAGUUCUCGCACGGCACCAAUGCUUUGGGCAUGCGCACCCGUGCCACUUACGACCUGAAGACCAAGGAGUUCAUCAUUCACACACCUGAUUUCGAGGCAUCCAAGUGCUGGGUGGGUAAUCUCGGCAAGACCUGCACCCAUGCCAUAGUCUAUGCGCAGCUGUUUGUGCCCGACGACAAGCAUCAGGGCUUGCAGGCCUUCCUGGUGCCAAUUCGUGAUGAGCGCACGCUGUUGCCCUUCCCGGGCGUCACAGUGGGAGACAUGGGCGAGAAGAUCGGCCUGAAUGGCAUUGACAACGGCUUUGUGAGCUUCAAUCAGUAUCGCAUUCCCAAGGCGAACCUCUUGUCCAAGGCGGGCGACAUUGAUGCCCAGGGCAACUACAACAGUCCUAUCAAGGAUGAGCGCAAGCGACUGGGUGCCUCGCUGGGCGCCCUCUCCCAGGGACGAGUCAACAUCACAGCCAUCACGUAUGUGGCCUUGAGCAAGGCCGUCUCCAUAGCCACCCGCUAUGGGGCAAGCCGCAGGCAGUUCGGACCCAACAACAGUCAGACGGAGUGGCCCGUGAUUGAGUACCAGUCGCAGCAGUACCGUCUCAUUCCCCACUUGGCCACCACAAUCGCGUUGCGUGUGGCUACGCUGUGGAUUGGCAAGGAAAACGUGGACAUGACCAUGAAGGGCUUCACUGGCGAGGAUACCUCGAAGGCGGGCAUGGAAAUCCAUGCCAUUUCGUCGGCCCUCAAGCCAGUGGCCACAUGGGCUGCCCGCGAUGGCAUCCAGGAGUGUCGCGAGGCCUGCGGCGGACAUGGCUACCUUAAGGCUGCAGGUCUGGGUGAUCUGAGGAACGACAAUGAUGCCAAUUGCACAUACGAGGGCGAGAACAACACGCUCAUUCAGCAGGCCUCCAAUUGGUUGAUCAGUCUGCGUCGUGGCAAUGCCGAUUUCAAGGCUGUGUCUCCGCUAGAAACGGUGUCCUUCCUGAGCGACAUUAACAGCAUUCUGCACACCAAGGCCGAGGAGCGCACGCCGGCCCAGGCAUUGGAUGCAAGCAAUCUCCUGAAGGCUCUUAACUGGCUCACCGCCUGGCAGCUGGAAACCACUGUCAAGCGUGCCGAGCAACUGCAGCGCGAGGGCAAGGACGCCUUCGAGACUCGCAACAACAUCCAGGUCUUUGCCGCCCAGAAGCUCUCCAUAAUCUAUGGCGAGCGAACCAUCUACUAUGUGUUCUACAAGUUUGUGAACAGUCUGCCGGCUUCUGCUGAAAAGCAGGUGCUGCAGCAGCUGCUAUCAUUCUAUGGCGCCCAUUUGGUCACAAAGUACUCGGCCAUAUUCUAUCAGGGCGGAUAUUUCAGCGAUAGCCCGCACAUUGAGCUCUACCAGCAGGGUAUUCUGCAGCUUCUGCCAAUCCUGAAGGAUGAGGCUAUCGCCCUGAUCGAUGCCAUUGCACCCACAGACUUUAUUCUCAAUUCGCCGCUGGGCAUGAGUGAUGGCAAUAUCUAUCAGCAUCUUCAGAAGACAAUUGUGUCCACUCCUGGUGUCUUUGAACGUCCCGAAUGGUGGCGCGAUGUCACCUACAAGGAUUAUCUGAAGCGCGCCAAGUUGUAAGGGGUCUGGCUCCCUCUCUCUCCACUUAAAUCCAUUUUUACAUUCACAAAUGUGCAAUAAUAAGUUACUUAAGUUCGAUGAUGAUUUGUUGAUCGCUAAGCGAUGUUAAUUACAUUAUAAAAUACGUUCCAGAAUUAUAGGAAAUACAUUAUGACACAAAAAAGAUCAAA